CUUUAACCGGUAGGUGUUGUGGAGAAGGGUGAAUGCUGUCCGGUUCUGACCUGUCGGGGCCCCACACUAACUCCUCGCUUUUCCUCAGGGAGGAAAAAAUGGAAGCUCUACCUGAUGCUACUGCUUUUGCAACUAAAGUUCAAAACACUCUCAUCCAGUACCAUAGCAUUGACGAUGAUAAGUGGCGAGUUGCAAAGAAAACGAAAGAUGUAACAAUUUGGAGAAAACCUUCAGAAGAAUUUAAUGGAUAUCUUUUCAAAGCCCAAGGUGUUAUAGACGACAACGUCAAUAGCGUGAUAGACCACAUUCUCCCAGGUCCCUGUCGCUUGGAUUGGGACAGCCUAAUGACGUCAAUGGAUAUUUUGAAGCAAUUUGAAGAGAAUUGCUGUGUUUUGCGUUAUACUACUGCUGGUCAGCUUUGGAAUAUCGUUUCCCCAAGAGAGUUUGUUGAUUUGUCCUACACUGUGGCCUAUGAAGAAGGGCUUUUAUCCUGUGGGGUAAGUCUUGACUGGGGUGAAAAGAAACCAGAAUUUGUUCGCGGCUAUAACCAUCCCUGUGGUUGGUUUUGUGUUCCACUUAAAGACAAUGCAAAGCAGAGCCUUUUGACAGGCUAUAUUCAGACGGAUCUGCGUGGGAUGCUUCCUCAGUCUGCAGUAGAUACAGCCAUGGUCCUGUUGGUUUGAGAGCAUCAUCCUGAAGUGUUCACUGAAUAUCAUUUGGCCCAACAGUUCCACACUGGGAUUAUUUCUUUAGGGUAGGUUUCCCCAAACACAGAAAACGCUUUAUGUAAUGUUACUGAGAAAAGAAAAACAAUUGAGGCUGGAUUAUUAUGCAGCUAUCAUACAUGUUUGUGAAGAUCAUGCAAAAAGUACUUGUGCUGUAGCACUAGAUUGAUACAAAAAGAUUACAAUAUGAUCACAAGUCUGGAAGAAAAAUUAAUGGCUAGGAAAAGACAAUGCUUGUUUUUAGAAGGCAUUAUGGUAAUGUUUGACUUUUCUGUAUUUUCAAAUUUUUAUAAUGAAAACUCAGUUUUUAUAUGAAUCGUGGUGUUUACCUUAUACCCAGUGAAUUGACUUUCCAGUGGUGACUGCAUUGGGCUAGGAUAUGGGCAACCCAGAUGGAUUGUCAGCCACUAACAGUGACCUUGGAGCUGUCAUCACCUCUGCGGGUGUCAGUUCUCUUUGUAAUGACUCAGCUCCACAUUUCAGACGUAAGGAAAAUACCCAUCAUGUCACUCUUGAAGUAACAUUUCAAAUCACAGAAUGCAAAGUUUUGGUGGGAUCUUGGAUGAUUUAUUGUCAUAUUGUACAUGCAAACUGUUUUACAGAUUUCCCAGCAGCAAGGUUAUAUACUUGUUUGAGCAUGUUCUGACACAUCUAACACAUCUGAAUGAACAAAGUAACAUUCUUACCAAGAUCAAUUGUAACAGUUAGUUUACCAGCAUUUGUCUCAUAUCACAUAUGCUUUUUCCUUUAUGUUCCUGGGAAACACCAAAAAAUGAACACGUUUAGUGAUUUAAUCGAGUUAUCCAACCAGAAGCCAAGAAGAAGACAAAGUUCACUGUGGCUCUGAUGCCUGCCCCAGGCUCUGGGCAGCUGAGAGAGUCAGUGACUGUUGCAGGAAGUGGGGACUCCCUGUCCCCUCGUUGCCAUUGAACAAUACGGUAGCUCAAUCAAUAGCAAAUGGGCAUGGUUUUGAUGAAUUCUCUACAAACAUUUUCUGUAUUUACAUUUAUGGCCAGGUCAGACUUACAUGUUUACCUAAAAAAAAUUGUAGUAUAUCUUCAUAGUAGGAGUCAAUAGCACCAUUUUGACAGGCUUUAAAAAUGAAAUGUUCACAGCUCCUUUCUCAGGACUUGGAACCAGAUGUUGGGAAGAUAGGCAAUAGUAUUGGCUUUGUAAACGGAUACAUUUUUAUACUUUUUCAUUGUCCUCCAAGUCCUCCAUGCACUUAUUGUUGGCUAAUGACUUGCAGUCUAAACUGCUGGAGGCGUAUAAUGGUAUCCCAGCCAUCGAAUCCUCCAAGCUGUUGCUGAGCUACAUAUGUCCCUUUGGUCCAGAAAACUUUGGACAACCCAGGAAUACAAAUUUCUCCCUUAGGGAAAACUAGAAAAGAUAUGCCAGAUAAUAUGACAUAAGCCUGAAAAAACCCUAAUAGGAAGUAUUCCUUUCUCAAUGUCUGCUAACUUGUGUCUUCUGUACCCUCCCAGUAUGUCUGUCUUAGCUUCUCUUUCAUCACUCAGAUGGUAGUCAACCUUUGUCCCGUCUUGCAUUUCAUUUGCCCUGAGGAAUAAUGCAGCCAUUCACUAACCACAGACAUUAUCUGAAGCAAAGUCUGAAAGUAUAUAUGCUGUAAUCUGAUCCUAAUUGGUAAAUGUUUAAGACAGAAGCAAGUUUCUUGAAGAGAGAAGUAAAAUACUGCUUGCAGUGAGUGAUAAGCUUGUGUAAAGGGGCAAAAGGGAAGGAUGAAGAAAGGACUUGACAGAACCAGCUUGAUGUUUGGGGAAAGUAGUUCUGAGCAUUUGAAAUUUCAUUGUCUGAGACAGCUUUUUUGUACAGGUUAUCUUUUGAAGUCUAAACUUUCAGGUAUAAUUCUAUCUCAACUCCUGCAGGGAUUGCCUUUUCAGGUCAUCAUGUAAAGGGUUAAAAUAACUGUGACAGAAGUAACCUUGCCAUAGGCCUCCAUUGGCAAAGCUUUAGCAAAUAGGUGAUUUCUAGUCACAGGGAGUUACUCAGAUACCAAAGUUGUGCAAAACUGCCUCAGAUAAUCACUAUCGUUUACUCUGCUUUGUCAGUGGAGACUGAGCCAGUGCAGUCUUUGCUAAUUUAAGUGACGGAGGCUUUGCUUCAGCUGGUGACUUGCAAAUAUGUCUUUGAAGCGUUAGGUGAUUUUUAUUCUGCUUAGAGAUACCCCAAAUUAGUCAAGUAUAUAGAUCACAGAGGGCUUCAUGCUUGAGGAAAUGCUGCACUCGUGUCUACCCAGAAUAAGAAAAGGGCAAGGGGGCCUAAUUCAGCUUUGCGCAAGAUCUGAGACGAGUGCUGACCUAACAGCAUCUCCGUGAGUGUCCGCCUUUCACAAGCAGGAUUGCUCCUUCACCACUUCCCCUUGCAUUUCUCUAGGUUUCUCAGCCAAACGUGCCCCCUUCCUCCUCCCUACCCUGCAAAGACUUUCCCCCAUCCUUCAAAUUCAUCCUGUGUUCCCAUGAAGCUUUCCUUGAUCAUUCCAGGCAGAAGGGAGCUUUUCUUUCUUGCCAUCCUUAGAGAGCUUACUGCCUUCCUAGAUAAUUGCACGGGCUACAUAUGUACACUUGUUUCAUUUCUCCUAGAGGAGUUUAAUUCAUCUCUGACUCCUUCAUUGUACAUAAUUAUCUCUCAGUGGAAAUUUAUUGAGAAAAUUCGUUCCUUGGAUGGGCUAUUCCUGGAAGCUUCAAAAUUAGCAAAUUAUUUCCUUACAGUGUGCUUGCGAUGUAGGCCUAAUAUCCCUGCAACACUACUAUUUAUGGUUCUGAGAGGAAAAUGAGCUAUUGACUUUGGUCUAUUCAUUUCUAAGGGAAGCAGGUAACCCAGAUGUUGAGAGAAAUGUAGAAAUAUUAAUUUAAGUCCAUUAACUCGGAGGAAUCAACAAAAAUGGGCAGGUAGGACUGUGGAAUCCUAAUCUACAUUUUAUCUUCCCCCUCUCCCAUUCCAAGUACGUAUCCCACACACGUCAACCAGUCAGCCAUGAGGAGGUGGCAGGCAAUUCAUCUCUUGUUUCGUGAGCUCUAUAGUGAAUCCCAGGGGCUACAUCAUAUUAAUUGCUGCAACAGUUUAAAGAAAACUGUAUUAUUUAAUUAGAGUCAUAGUGUAAUUUUAGGUCUUCCUAAUAAUAAGCUGAUACUAGGUUUUCUACUCCCUAUCUCAUUUGUAACCUUUUGGCUACAGAUGUUCCAAGUCAAACGCAAAGGUCACGCAUGCCUACAUUUCCCAAUGUCUGGGUCACCUGCUUCCCUUACGGCAGAUAUUGUGGAAUGAACGACUUUCUCUAUAGCAGAAAUAGAUUAUGAGAAGGGCCCUUCAUGGAGUCCUAAGUAUGUAAGAAGAGUAAAGGAAAGAAUUUACUCCAGACCCUCUCUUUUCAAAGAAAUUAGUGAACACUCAGAAAAACAUGGGAAAUUGACAAGUAGCUUGCUUACAUCAAAGAAUUGGCUGUUUGCCUGCUCUCAGAGCUACUGAUGAGCAAGUCAUUGUCCUAGAAUAAAGCACGUUAUUUCCUAAAAAUCAUUAAUUGAAAAUCCAGCUGAUAUAAAUUGAGAAUAUUCUGAAGGAUUCAGAACCAAAGGACUCUCUUAUUUCUUAGCUUACCAAGUAGCAGCUCCGGACUGACUUACAAGUGAGUAAAUAUCAGUGGAAGGUAACAUUUACAUGAUUUUAAGUAUAAGGAUCAAAUUUCUAUAACAUGCUCAAAGUGCUAGAAAUCUUUUUAAUUCCUUUCUCUUAACCAGGUCAAUUCACUUUCCAAAUUUCUUUUUUCAGGAAUGAUGGAAUUUUGAAUUUUUUAGUUCUGUAAGGGAAUUUUACUGUUAAUUUGUAUUUCCAGCACAAUUAUUGUUGUGAGACCAUCUGCAACAAAAACAAAGCUCUCCUAACAUCCUAAGAAGCAAGUGGGAAUAAGAACAUUAAGCAAAGGAAAAGAAAUCUGGAGUAUGGGAAUCUGUAUUCCUAGAUGUCACCAAAAGGCAUGGAUGGGGUGCCAUGAAAAAACCAAGGGGUUUUUUUCCAUCAAAAUUUUUGUUAUCCUGUAAAGAGCCAGAUAAACAUUUUAGGCUUUGCUGGGCCAUAUUGUCUCUGUUGAAAUACUCUGCCCUCCUAGUAUGACACAGACAAUAUAUAAAUAAAUGAGCAUGGUCAUGUUCUAAUAAAACUUUAUUUAUAAAAACAGGCUCUGGUGGAUUUGGUCUGUGAACCAUAGUUUGCUUAACUCCUGAAAACUGUUCUUUGGGGAUUUAAAUUUAUUUCCUUGGAUGAUUUUUUUAAUGUGAAAAUUACUUUUUUUAAAAAUGCAUGUCUUAUAUGUAUAUCACAAAGAAUGACUGGCAUUCCAAUAGUGAAAAGUAUAUGCAUUAGCCCCUAACUUCUUUAACAAUAAUCCCUUUUCCCUGACACCCUUAGUUCGUUGGCUAUAAGAAAGUACUUAAACCCUUGUCUACUAUUCCCACUCAGUAAACUUACAGGAAAUUUAAAAAUUUCAAGGGAAACAAUAUCUUUGGACAAUGGAAUGCAAUAAUACUAUUAUAUUGUUUGGACAUAACUGCUUAAUAAGUAGACACAUUAGAUAAUUCUUUUGGUUUCAGGAGGACCAUUGAAUUCUUACUGAGGCAGGGUGCAUGAAUAGAAACACCUUCUGACAUAACUUCUGACAUAAGUAAUAAUCUUGACAAUAAAAAUGUAAACGAAAUCCUAACUCAUGAAUAUGCUAUCGGUACUCUAUGCUACUGCAUAUUAGCUGCAUGAUAGGCUAUAAACUAGGUCAGGUUAAAAGGAGCCAGUUAUGAGAUGACAAGUUUUCAAUUUAUAGUCAUACUUGUAUCCUUUACAAACCAGAUUAACUGCUAUACAUAUAUCAAGGAAAGGACAAACAGUAAAUUUUGAUCAUCUUUAACUGAUAGAGUACUUAGGGAAAACAACACCUUACAAAAAUUCUAAUGUGACUCCUACUGUACUUGAGUAGUUUGAAAGAAUCCUUUAAUGGACAAUAAAAAAUUCUUUAACAAUAAAGAUUAUUUCAUCUGAGAUGAAAUAUCUGUCAUUUUUAACAAUGAAUCACAGCAAAGAUUGCAUGGCUAUAAAUAGUCCAUAUCCAUGGGUUUUCCAGGUCUAAAUGUCCACAUCAAAAUUUCUUCAAAAUGUGCUGAAAACAACUGUUAAGAACAGCGUGAUUUUCCUGUCUUAGCCUUACUGUUUAGGGUUUCAGACUAACUUCUGUGGGGCGGACAGGUGGCUCAGUUGGUUAGAGCGUGAGCUCCGGGCAAUAGGGCUGCCGGUUUGAUUCCCACAUGGACCAGCGAGCUGCGCCCUCCUCAACUAGAAUGAAGUCAAUGAGCU